CCUCCCUUUCCCGCCACGUGACCGGAAACCCCACAUGUGGAAGAUGGCGACUCCGUAUGUAACGGAUGAGUCUGGAAAGUACAUUGCUGCUACACAGCGGCCGGACGGGACCUGGAGGAAACCUCGGCGGGUGAAGGAGGGAUAUGUGCCGCAGGAAGAAGUGCCGGUAUACGAGAACAAAUACGUGAAAUUCUUCAAGAGCAAGCCGGACCUCCCCCCUGGCAUGAAUCCAGAGGAUGCGGCGGCAGCUCGGCAGCAGCAGGCGCCCGGUGGCGGUGGUGGCGGGGAGAAGGAGAGCGAGACGGCCGGUCUGUCUAAAGCGGCCAAACGCAACAUGAAGCGCAAGGAGAAGCGCAAGCAGCAGCAGAGCCAGGGUCAGCAGGAGGAGUCUGAGGAGGUGGAGGCGCUGGGGAAAGAUCUUGAGAAGGUGACGGUAGCUUCGGCGGAGAGGAACAGCACUGCUGCCCCUGCCCCUGCCUCAACACCUGCCUCAGCUCCUGCCAGAGCACCUGCCUCAGCUCCUGCCACCUCCCCAGCCACAGCCCCUGCUGCUGCCGCCGACCUCUCCCCCGCAGCCGCCGCCGCCGAAAAAGCCAAGAAGAUCAAGAACCUGCGCAAGAAGCUGCGGCAGGUGGAGGAGCUGCAGCAGAAACUGGACUCGGGAGAGCUGCAGAACCCUUCCAAGGAUCAGUUGGACAAACUGGGCCGGGCCCAGGCUUUACGAGCCGAGAUUAAGCAGCUGGAGGCGGAACUGUGAAGAAAACUGCCUCGGAAAAAAAGAUUCGAGAUUAGAGGCGAGGAAGGAGAGGGUUGGGUUUUUCAGUUUUCAUUUUUUUCAUUUUGGUGUCGUUUUUUUUUUGUUAUUGUUGUUUUCUUCGGAGGCUGUAGCAUCCAUAGACAUCUUAUGCAUAGACGCCGCAUACUCUGCCUCCUGGAGUGUCAGCGAGGCGGCCAUAUUGGAGGAGGCAACCCUGCGACCCCAGUGCAUUAAUUAACACUGAGGAAGGUGUUUAAUACACCUGUAAUAAUCACUCAACCAGUUUAUACCUGAUUUUCACACAGUUUGAUUUGUUACAGACAGCAGAGAUAUAAGUAAUGAUUCAGGACGCUGUUACACAUUACAAAUAUGUGCUUUCCUGCUAAAAUUCUUUGUUUUUUGCUCUUUAACAAAGACAGACAUAUGGAAUGGCAUAUUAAUAAGUGUAUAAAUUAAUUGAUUUUAUAAUUAUAUGUACGGACAUACACACACACAUAAUACACACACGCACAGAUGCAAAGAAUUAAAGAUUACAUUACAGUAGUUUUCAAUUUGUUAAAAUCAAAGAAACUUGUCAUUUUAAGUGGUCUCUUAUUUUUUUCCAGAGCUUUAUACACUUAUUAAUAUGCUAUACCAUUUGUCUGUCUUUGUUAAAGAGCAAAAUAUAAAGUAUUUCAGCAUGAAAGCAGGUAUUUGUAAUGUGUAACAGAGUCCUGAAUCAUUACUACGUCUCUGCUGUUUGUAACAAACAUAAAAAUAGGUGUAUUAAACACCUUCCUCAGUGUAAAUUAAUGCACUGGGGGUGCAGUGCCUCAUUGCCUCCUCCAAUAUGGCCGCCAUGCUGACACUCCAGCUCCAAUAGAUGGGGUGUGAGUCCAUGCGGCGUCUAUGUAUGUAAUGUCUAUGGUAGCACCAUGUACUGUACUUCUGAAUCUAGGAUAGACCUUCAUUUGUUACAGGCGACCUCACUCACUCGCUCUCUCGUUCUCCCCGGGUUUCUUCUCCUCUGCUGGUCCGUGACGUGAGGAUAAGCUGACUUCUUUUUAUAAGCGUAAUUAGUAGUGCUCUUUAUCGCUCUUGACCUCGUUUUUUUGUCGUAUGUCCUCCAGAGCAGCACUGCUGAAGAUGAUGAUGAUUUUUUUUUGUGUGUAAAAGUAGCUGAAGUGUAGUUCUGCAGCUGCGAGAUGGACAUUUUUGGACUUUUCCUUCAAAAAACGGGAAGAAUUGGGCCACCAUCUUUUUGACUAUCGCCCCUAAUAUCCUGUUGUACAGUUCAAACCUCUCACACUACCUUCUCCACAUGAUCCAGACUGACGAAUGAACUGAUGAGGACUGAGAACUGAGGACCACUCUGACCGUUAUCAUCACUACGAUCGAUUUCCUUUGAGGACGCAGGACUUGCGAGGACUUUAAAUAACCGAACGCCACAGAAUGUCUUCAUUUUCUUCAUUUUCAUCCAGUACAGUAUAUAGUAUACAGCAACUCCAGGAAGCUGCUUGUGAAUCGAGUAUGAAUCAGCUCAGCUGUGGUGAUGGACUAAAAUAAGAACGUCAGUAUUGAACACAUCGGUCGAGCCGUUUUUUUUUUUUUUUUUUCUUCAUUUUUGGAGCCGUUUUAUCAUGUAUGUUUGUUUUUAAACUUUACUAGUUGUCACAUAUUGAGCAGUAGUGUUCUAUUACAUUAAAGAAGCAAAAAAAACUU